AUGGACCUCUGUAUAGCCUCGAAACCAUCUCAACUCGUCGAUCAGAAAUUCCGGUAUAGUGGGAGGGAGGGAUUCAACUGGUCCCCUCAGCGGAGACCAAUAGGGAAGUCGUUCACACCCGUGAAUCACUCAGGUUCCUCAUUCUCGUGGCUCGAACAGCAACGAACCAAUAGACAGCUCUGGCGCAUACAGCUCUUCUUAGAUGUAAAGAAGCUCAAGAAAAGCAAGCUUCUCCGUUGGCCUGUGGAGGAUCUGGCUCGCCUCGAGAGUCUAGACGUCUCCUCGUUUUGGAGUCUUGAGAACUUCAACCAUCGGGUGAUGCAGCAGCUCGGGACUGUAGUUGAUUAUCUCGUAUCAAGGAACGGUCAAAAUGGUAUUACCAUCUUUGACCCGAUAACAUCCUUGAAUACUCGUUCUCAAGAGCCAGUGUCAUCGAGACCGUUUCUCACUCGCAACUCGUGGCCGAUCCCAUCAAUUCUUUGCCCAUACGCCCUCGAUCAAGACAACGAGGCCGAGAAAACCAUGGCUUCGGAGAUAGAGAUGGCUCACCGGCCUAACACGCCAUUACGGUACAUGAGUUGGAGUCAGUGGCGGAAGUUCGGUUUCUACAUCUGGGAAGACGAGAGGAUGCGCGAUCUUGGCUUUUUGUUCGAAGAGACGCGCACUGGAGACCCUAUGGGGUCAACCAUUUAA